AUGUACCUGCAGAUAUCCUUAGAAGAAGAAGAUAAAAGGUAUCACCGAUUUCUGUGGCGGGACCUAGAAGACAGGACAAGAGAUCCAGAGACGUUUGAGUUCCAGCGACUUGUUUUUGGAAUCAACAGCUCACCGUUUUUGGCACAGUUGGUUUCUCAAGAGCAUGCAAGAGCCCACCAGACACAGUGCCCUAGAGCAGCAGAGGCAAUUUUGAAGUCAACUUACAUGGACGACACUCUUGACUCAGUGAACGAUGAUGAACAGGGAAAAAAGCUGUACAGAGAGUUAUCAGCAUUGUGGAAAGGAGCUGGGAUGCAUGCCAGAAAAUGGUUGUCCAACUCACCCGAAGUUUUAGCCAUCAUACCAGAUGAAGAUAGAGCUUCAGAGAUUAAUUUGGAGGAGGGAUAUUUGCCAUCAGUAAAGGCCCUUGGAGUGCUGUGGAAGGCGGAAGAAGACGCGUUCUGUUAUCGGCUGACACCCCCUGCUGCUGAUCUCAAGCUUACGAAGAGGAGCCUACUGCGAAGAAUAGCAACCAUUUUUGAUCCCCUUGGGUUGAUGUCGCCAUAUGUUAUACAAGGAAAAAUCAUCAUGCAGGAUGUAUGGAUGUGUGGCGUGGAAUGGGAUGAAGAAUUGCCAGAGGAGAUUGAAAAGAAAGCUUGGGAUUGGAUAGUUGAAAUCACAGGGUUGGCCCAAGCCAGGAUCCCUAGAUGCCUACAACUUGCUGAGGAGAUGACAAGUUUCCAACUUCACACCUUUGGUGAUGCCUCAAAAGAUGCAUAUGGGACUGUGGUGUAUGCAAGAAGCACCUAUGCCAGUGGAAUGGUAGCCACAAGGAUUGUAGCGUCCAAGACCAAGGUUGCACCGUUAACCUCAGUGAGCAUCCCGAGACUAGAGAUGAUGGCGGCGGUCCUAGGACUUCAACUCAGUCUGAACAUUGUAGCAGCAUUGGCCACCAAUGUCAAGGAGGUGGUGUUUUGGAGUGAUAGUCAAAACGUUCUCUGGUGGAUAAAGCGACCUAGCAGAAAACUGAAACCUUUCGUUGCCAACCGAGUAGGCCUGAUACAGCAACAUACAGACCCUCAACAGUGGAGAUAUGUGCCAACCAAAGAAAACCCAGCAGACCUGCCUUCAAGAGGUGUAAGAGCAAAAGACCUAGCAGAGUCCAGCCUAUGGUGGGACGGCCCAGAGUUUUUACAGAGGGAUUCUUCAGAGUGGCCAGAGAGAGUUGUUGGACAGGGAGAUGAAGUCCAGGAUGAAAUGAAAAAUGAGAGCAGUUACCUCAGCUUGGAAGAAAAGAACAGUCUAAAACAAGUGAUGAACCUUGCAGAUACAAGACUAGACCCUUCCCGAUUCUCCAGCUGGCAGAGAUUGACACGUGUUCAUGCAUGGGUGCAGCGGUUUAUCGGAAAUUGUCAGGCAGCCCCCACUGAGAGGAAACAAGGAGAACUAGAAGUUGAGGAAGUAAAAGCGACUGAGUUACUCUUGAUUAGACAGUGCCAAAAAGAAGCCUUUGCAGAGGAGUAUAGCGCGUUAUGCCAUGGAAGGGAGCUGCCCAAGUCCAGUCAAAUAGCUGGCCUGACGCCAAAAUUAGAUGCCGACUUCUUACUUCGUAGCAACAGUCGUCUAGCUUAUGAUGAUAAUCUGUCCUAUGAAGCCAAGUUCCCGAUAAUACUACCGAGAAAACACCACGUGACCCAGUUACUGGUGAGAUUCUACCAUGAAAGAGAGAAUCAUGUAGCUGGGACAAACAAGAUCUUGUCAGAGAUGUCAGCCAAGUAUUGGAUUAUUAGAGGUCGAGAGGAGAUCCGGGAUUGGGAGGCUAAGUGCGCAGCCUGUGAACGUAAGAAGGCAAGAGUAACGUCACAAUUGAUGGCCCCCCUGCCAAGAACAAGAGUGAGUCCACCAAUGAGAGCCUUCUCAGUUUCUUCAGUCGACUAUGCUGGACCGUUUCUUACUAAGCAAGGACGAGGGAGAGUACAAACUAAGAGAUACCUGUGCCUAUUUACUUGCCAUGCCUCGAGGGCGGUACACUUGGAGAUGGCAUAUGCUUUAGAUACCAACUCGUUCCUGAAUGCCUUCAACAGAUUUACUCACCGUAGAGGCGUCCCAGUAGAAGUUACUUCAGAUAAUGGCACGAACUUCGUUGGGGCUAACCGAGAAUUGAUGGAAUUGGUCACCCAGCUGGACCAAAAAGCAGACAUCACAGAUGAAGAGCUGAGCACUGCAUUCACUGGAGCUGAAGCCCUGCUCAAUUCCAGGCCGUUGUCUUACCAGUCAGCAGAUUCCAAGGAUGCUCCCCCUAUAACACCUAACCACUUUCUAUUUGGUCAGUGCGGCGGACAGUUUGCCCCAGAAGAGAUAGAUAGCUCAGAUUUCAACCCAAGACGACGAUGGAGGAGAGUUCAGGAGCUACUGAAGGAAUUUUGGUCCCGGUGGUUAAAGGAGUGGCUCCCUCUGUUGCGUCAGCGCCACAAGUGGAGAGAUGUCAAGAAGGAUUUAGAAGUAGGAGACGUUGUACUGGUGGCAGAUCCUGGAUCAAGUCUAAUAACCAUGGUCUACGUCGAUGAGAAGCUGAACGUUCGCCCCAAGGGAGCCAUGCGUUACGUCAUCAAACUUCAGUAUCUUAAUCAGGAUGAACCAAAAGCAAGGUAA